GGCUGCAGUCAGCAAACACUCCCGGCCUUAAAAUGGUGAACCUCAGCAGCACCCCAGCCUGUGAGCUGGACAGGUUCAUAAAGGAUCACCUCCCUGCUGACACCAGCUUCCAUGCUGAGCUCAGAGCAGACAUUGACUUCAUAUGUGCUUUCCUGAAGGAGAGAUGCUUCCAAGGUGCCGCUCACCCUGUGAGGGUCUCCAGGGUUGUGAUGGGCGAACACACCAUGCUUAAGGGUAGGUCAGAAGCCAACCUAGUGGUGUUCCUUAACGAUCUCCCCAGCUUUGAGGAUCAGUUGAAUCUACAGGGAGAGUUCAUUGAGGAAAUUCGGAAACGACUGUGUCAGCUGCAGCAAGAGAAAACGUUACAAGUGAAGCUUGAGGUCCAGAGCUCAGAGCAGCCCAGCUCCAAGUCUCUGAGCUUCACGCUGAGCUCGCCCCAGCUCCAGCAGGAGGUGGAGUUUGAUGUGCAGCCAGCCUAUGAUGUCCUGUUUGCCCUAAGAAACAACCACAAGCCCGACCCCCAAAUCUACACCAAAACCUACGCCUACCUCAUCAGUGUGUGCACCACUCUGAAGAAGGAGGGCGAGUUCUCCACCUGCUUCAUGGAGCUCCGGCAAAACUUCCUGAAGCAUCGGGAACCCAAGCUGAAGAGCCUCAUCCGUCUGGUCAAGCACUGGUAUCAACUGUGUAAGGAGAAGCUGGGGAAGCCGCUGCCCCCACAGUACGCCCUGGAGCUGCUCACGGUCUAUGCCUGGGAAAGUGGGAGUAGAGACUGUGAAUUCAACACAGCCCAGGGCUUCCGAACCGUCUUGGAACUGGUCACCAAGUAUCAGUGGCUUCGAAUCUACUGGACAUUGUAUUAUGACUUUAGAAACAAGAAGGUCUCUGAUUACCUACACAAACAGCUCAAAAAAACCAGGCCUGUGAUCCUGGACCCGGCUGACCCGACAAGAAAUGUGGCUGGUUCAAACCCCCUCUGCUGGCGACUGUUGGCAAAAGAAGCUGCUAGCUGGCUGCAGUGCCCAUGCUUUAGGACCUGUGAUAUGUCCCUCGUGCACUCCUGGGAAGUGCUGACAAAGGUCGAGUUUCCACAGGAAUGUGUCCUUCUAUGAGCACCAAAGCACCUGCCCAGGAUGCUCAAGAGUCAGGGGCAUGACCUCUGCUGCAGGCCCUUGACCUAGAGAGGAGAGGAAGCUCCCCAAAACCCCAACAAGGGAGGGUCCAACCUGUGAUCAGACUCUGGUCUUCUGACCCCUGCCUUCCUACUCCUGCAUCCUGUCCCAUCACAGACAGCCCUCCUCACAGCCUGCUUCAUCUGCCUUGUCCUCCAACAGUGCUCUCUUGGGAGACAAGAGAUUCAGAAGGGGAGGCAGGAACUCGAGCUUGACUUCCACCUGUCCACCUGUUGGGAGUUCUGUCCAAUGUGUGACCAACGACAAUAAACCAUAGCAAGCCAUGAGGAUAUGUGAACAUUCUGAAGGAUGUGUGUUCUCCUCCCUCUCCCUCUCCCCUUCCCUCCCUCCCCUCUCCUCCCUCACCUCCCUUUUCUUCCCUC